GCUGGGAGCGAGCAUUAGACUGAGCCCCGCCCCUCGAAGUGUGUGCUUCACCGGUUGCGAAUGAAAGGCGCACUCGACCGCGGCGCGCGGUCCGAGGGCUGCACUGUUAUUGCGCGACUCUCUCGUCUUAUGGGGCAGAGGGUCUCUCCCACAGAGAGAGGCGGCCAAUACUGGCAAAAAGGGCUAUAAAGGCGGGUCUUCUGCCUCAUCCACCACCACUCUCCCGCCCCCUUCCUCCUCAACAGCAGCUCCUCGCUGCUCACGAAUGCGUGCGAGCCGAUUCGACAACCAGCAAGGUCCUCGCACCGAUAGCGUCCAGUUUGCAAAGUGACAUAGCGCAACCGUCGCGCCGCGCUCGCGUCUGAGACAUGGCCGUGCGCACCAGUGGCCUCUAUUCGCCGGCCACCGUGGUCGUCGCCGAAGAAGACAGCCUCGUGUGCGCUCAGGAGGGCCUUUCCAAAGAAGCCAGCAGUGCUACGCUGGGCAGCUCGUCAAUUGGUGUCGUCCACUUUUGCGCCAGGUCGACAGUGCUUGACCUGCACAGGGAGCUGCAGGGCCUCGAGAGCCUGGCACCGUGCGAGGCGACGGACAGCUUCUUCUGCAGGCUCGUCGACUUUGUCAUCAGCCCGAUUCACGGCGACAUCUCUCCGCAGGACCUUUUCAGGGCGCUGGAGAGCGACGAGAGGAUUGCAGCGAUCAAGCACCACUUUGUCCGGGCCUGCUCCCUGGGCGAGGGAGAGCUCGAGUCGCAUUGGGCACGCCGCAUCAUAGAUGGCAAGACCAGCAUAGAUCAGUUUCCCUACUACCAGAACUACAUCGACCUGACGCGGCUCGAGUACCACCUGCUUGUGGGCCAGGGCGCGGACCCCAGGCACAUUCUGUUUCUUGGCUCAGGUGCCCUGCCCCUGAGUGGGUUGAUGUGGGUGAAGAACCACCUCUGCCCGCGCUGGACCAUGGCCUCCGACUGGUCCGUCACCAACGUCGAUGUCCUGCCCUCUGCCAGCUUCUCGGCUGCGGCUGUGUCUCGCAUCGCGCUUCAGGACACCGAUCCGAGCCUGCAGCGCUUUCACUUUGUGACGACCGAUGCGCACCACCUUGACGCUGGGCUGGUGUACAGCCACGACGUCAUCUACCUCGCCGCGCUGGUGGGCUGCGACAUGAAGACCAAGGCCAGUGUCCUCCGGUCUGUCAUUGCCAAGAUGAAACCGGGUGCUCGCCUGAUGAUCCGAUCCGCCGAUGGCAUGCGCCAGCUUCUGUAUCCUGCCGUCGACGAGGCAGCCCUGCUCUGCGCUGCCGAGGGCAAGCUGGUCCUCGAGGCGACGUGCCAUCCCCGCAACCACGUCGUCAACAGCGUCGUCGUCGCCCGCCGAGUCUAAAAGGGCAGGCAAUUCUAACCUUAUCUUGUGAUUUACCUUCUUCCUAUCCGCCGUAUGCAAGGAAAGCGACUAGCUCGUCCAUUCUUCUCCGGCGAAAUUUACGUGCG